GUGCUUGAAGUGCAUUUAUAUUCUGCUGUUAAGAGAGAUACAAACACGGCAGAAUUUCUAUGCAAUGGAAAAUGGUUUCAGGUUUUUGGAUUUUUGUAUUAAUCGUCAGCACCAUGUAUACAGUUCAACCUGGUAGAUGCUGGGUUACUGCACAAUCCCCCACAGUGCCAAAAGUUUAUCAACCCGAUAAAGAGCUCAGUGUGAAUAUCGGAGACUCGGCUACUCUGCAGUGUUGUAAUUUUGGAAUAAAAGACAGAGAAGUUAUCUGGUUUAAGCAACAGUAUGGAAAACAGCCCCAUAUUAUGGUCAGAUUCUUUAAAACUGACGGAGAAAAGUUUUACAACGAAUUCCAGAAUUCUCGUUUUCAAAUGAAACAAUUUGGAAACUGCUUCAAUUUGACCAUUUCUAACACCACGCUGUCUGAUGAAGCCACAUAUUACUGUGCUCUCGUGUCUACAGAUGGAACGCUUUUAAAAAUUAAAGGUGAGCGUGUUAACACUGAAACACCGAAACCAGCUCUGAGUGAUAAUUCAGUGGUGUGUGAUCCAACACUGCAUGGAAACAACACUAACAUGAACACACAAGACAAAACAGUGCCCGCUUUGGGAACGGCUUUGGGUUUGUGCACAAUUCUGAUUUUCUGUCUCACUUAUUUCAUACUGAGGAGAAGAAAACUUGAUAAAAUGAACACUUCUGUGGAAGAGUCCUCAGGAAUGAGACAGGAAUCUGACGCUGAAGCGCUGAAUUAUGCAGCUAUACAUUUUACAAAGAGGAAAGUCAAAGCUGAUAAAAGGAAACCUGUUGUAUCGGAGGAUUUAGUAUACUCUAAUGUGAAGUAGCUUCUGUUUUUACGUAACGUUAAUGAUCACAGGUUUUACUUCUGUACACAUGUUCAAGCACUUGUUUUUUUUUCAGUUCUAAUGUUUUAAUGAUUUUUUAAGUGUGCAAUGUGUAACCUCAACGAACAUUGAACAAGUUUUUGACUUGAGAACAAAAAACUUGCAUGUGUUGAUAGCUGAAGCUGAAUAGGGCUGUUGUGGUAUAUAGAAGGAAAGAAGUACAGCUCACAUGAGCUCUACUGUAGCAUCUAAUAGACUAAUGGUUAAAAACUGAAAGUUGAAAUUUAUGUAAUUUUGACUGGAUUAUUAAAAUAUACUGUUGUGUCCAGUGUAUUGUUUUAUAACAAAAAAGAUAUUUGGGAUAAUAAGGAAAUAAAAUGUUUUCAAAUAUGUGUUUUUUUUAUAUUGUUCAAGUUUACACAACCACCAGUAUUUAAAU